AGAACACAAAGUGAGCUGCACACCAUAUAUGGAGAAACCCGUUUCUUAAAACUAGUGAUGAACUCAUGCUCUGUUCUGUUUUCUCAAAGCUGAAGUCGGCUAGGUUUGCAAAGCUGCGGGCUGAGCACUCAGGCAAUCACACUCUCAGAAACUGCGGCGGCUCUGGACUGCAGCCUCCCAAGGCUCCAUGCCAGACAAAGCAUGCGUGUCACACUUGCUACAAUAGCCUGGAUGGUUUCUUUUGUCUCCAGUUAUUCACACACAGCAAAUCUUUUGCCAGAUAUCGAAAAUGAAGAUUUCAUCAAAGACUGCGUUAGAAUCCAUAACAAGUUCCGAUCAGAGGUGAAACCAACAGCCAGUGAUAUGCUAUACAUGACUUGGGACCCAGCACUAGCCCAAAUUGCAAAAGCAUGGGCCAGCAAUUGCCGGUUUUCACAUAAUACACGGCUGAAGCCACCCCACAAACUGCACCCAAACUUCACUUCCCUGGGAGAGAACAUCUGGACUGGGUCUGUGCCCAUCUUUUCUGUGUCUUCCGCCAUCACAAACUGGUAUGACGAAAUCCAGGACUAUGACUUCGAGACUCGGAUAUGCAAAAAAGUCUGUGGCCACUACACUCAGGUUGUUUGGGCAGAUAGUUACAAAGUUGGCUGCGCAGUUCAAUUUUGCCCUAAAGUUUCUGGCUUUGAUGCUCUUUCCAAUGGAGCACAUUUCAUAUGCAACUACGGACCAGGAGGCAAUUACCCAACUUGGCCAUAUAAGAGAGGAGCCACCUGCAGUGCCUGCCCCAAUAAUGACAAGUGUUUGGACAAUCUCUGUGUUAACCGACAGCGAGACCAAGUCAAACGUUACUACUCUGUUGUGUAUCCAGGCUGGCCCAUAUAUCCACGUAACAGAUACACUUCUCUCUUUCUCAUUGUUAAUUCAGUAAUUCUAAUACUGUCUGUUAUAAUUACCAUUUUGGUACAGCACAAGUACCCUAAUUUAGUUCUUUUGGACUAAUACAAUCCAGGAAAGAAAAAACCCAAAAACCAACCU